CAUAUAUAGUCAAGUGAUAUUAAACACUCUCCCAUGUGUUAAAAUUGUCGUAUAUCACCGGAUUAUCGAAUAAAAUGUUACACAUGUUUUCAAGGCCCCGCUGGAGUGAAAUCGCAGACUUGGCGCUGUUAUUGUUGCUGUACUUUGUUGCGGAGGCGAGAGUGCAAACAAGGAGUAUCACUUCCGUUGAACCGCAGGUUGAGUCCCAGGAUGAUGACGUCAUAGGUUUUUACCAUGAUUAUGACACUUUCGACUUCGCCAUCGAAGACGAUGACGUAACUGGCGAUGAUGACGUCACUGGCGAUGAUGACAUCACAGCCUGUGUGGUUGCAAAGGCAACCAGGAGAGGGAUGGGACUCGGGUUGGUUGUCAACCACCACAAACUCCUGAAGGAGAGACUGAGAAAUGGUAAGUGUAAACAUCACUUGUUAUACAUGGAUAUAUUAAAUAAUAAUAUUAUUACACGCUGGAUCUGA